CGUUAGUAAAGGAAUAAUUGAAAUCCUCAUCUCUACAUUAAACCCACUUCGCAUGAGUGAGUUUCAAGAAACUCGAAGUUCUCUCUUCUUGGAUAACCUUAUCUUUCAGGAACUACGUCCAAGGCUUUAUUCCCUAGUGGUGGCAACGGGUUCCGCCCAAGCAUCAAGCUUCAUAUGAGCAAUUUGGCUGCGCGAUUACUACAACCGUUUUGAGCUUCUGCGGAAUUUCCUGGUGUUUAUCGAAGGAUGAAGGAUGGUUGUUUUUCGCCUCCAACUCUGUCUGUAAAUCAUCCUGUGACCACCGGAUUUUGAAAAUAUUGGCCUUCGUCUACCUCCAGGGGUAGUAAGCUAUUACUUUAUAGUGAGGCUUUACGUUUCUGGUCGCAAUCCGGAGGUUGUUAAGUCCAAACCCGUCGCAUUCGAACAUCAAUUUUCGUAUUACUCGACUGCGUUUCAAAUUGCCUAUUUGCAGGUGAAGAAAACGAUUACACCCUAAUCUGCGAGUUGGCGUAACCGUCACCGUGGCUCUUAACGACCUAGGCGAUUCAGGAGCAAGGACUGCUGGAAGCAGGUCAAAAUCAUGGAUACACUACUAACUGCGGAUAUUGCCGCGAAUGCCCCGAGAUACCGACGCAAGAGCAGCACUUUCAUCGAUGGGAUUCAUGAUGUUCCGGAAGAUGGCGAUAGAGCCCCUGCCCAACUGUACAGCACUAUGUCUGGAAGGCUCUUUCAUUCCGGUCGUAUUGCAAUUGUCAUGGUCGGGCUUCCUGCUCGAGGAAAAACUCACAUUGCCGUUUCAUUAGCAAGAUAUCUGCAAUGGUUGGGUGUUAAAACACGGAUUUUCCACCUUGGGGACUACCGUCGCGCUACUGUUGGUCAAGGUGGCCAUGUACCUGAGGACUACUUCUAUCCUAAUGCCUCUCCGGCAUCCGUCGUUCUACGCCAGAAGAUCCUUAAGAAGUGCCGCGAGGACAUCUACGGCUGGCUCAACCAUGAAAACGGCCAAGUAGCAAUAUAUGACGCGGUCAAUCCCACUGCAAGCGGUCGUCGGUCGCUGGCGAAGGAGUUUGCAAAGCAUGACGUUCAGACUCUAUUUCUAGAGUCAUAUGUCGACGACGAUAAUCUACUUAGAGAAAACGCACGUAACGUCAAAAUCGGCUCUCCCGAUUUUGCCAACAUGGACCCCGAUGAAGCCGCGAAGCUCUACCUGGAGCGCAUGGAAACCAAAAUUCCUGUUUUUGAGACGAUGGACGAAAAAGAACUAAAUUAUAUCAAGAUGAUCAACGCAGGCCAGAAGUUCUUCUACAACAACGUAUCCUUCAACUAUCUCUCUCACCGUAUCGUCUUCUACCUAACCAACACCCACAUCAAGUCUAGAGCAACAUUUUUUGUUCGACCGGGCACAGCGAUGGAAGAAGAAAGUUUUAAGGCAGACGCGCCCUUGUCCGAGGAAGGGCAAAAGUAUGCUAAGGUAAUGACCGAGACGGUAAUCAAGCAUCGCGAACAAGAGCGAGCAUCGCAUGGGCCUAAUGCGCCUUUACGCCCACUAGCAGUGUGGUGCUCAACACGUAUGCGCACGUUGCAGACGGCGGACGUCUUCAAGGACCUCGGAUACAAAGUUCGUCAGCGUAGUCAGAUGGCCGAAAUCAACCCAGGAGUAUGCGAAAGGCUCAGCGAACGUGCUAUCCGCCGUCUAUAUCCCGAAGAAGUCGAGAAGCAUGAACUUGACCCAUACCACCACCGUUAUCCCCGUGCUGAAUCUUAUCAUGAUCUUGCUGUACGGCUUGAACCAAUCAUCCUGGAGCUUGAACGCGAGCAAAACGACCUGCUAAUCAUAGCUCAUGAGAGCGUGCUGCGCGUACUCUAUGCUUACCUGAUGCAUUGCAGCACCAUGGAUAUCCCCAAUCUUAAAUUCCCGCGGAACGAGAUUAUCGAGGUCAUCCCGGGAGCGUACCAGAACGAUGCCAAACGUAUUCACAUCGCCGGCCUCGAUCCCAGGACAGUUCCUGGUUCCCCAGAAGAUAUACGUAUACCCGUACCAGACAGCACUAGCGCUAGUGACACUCCAGUGCCCCUACCGGGCGGCGGCCUUUCAGCACCUGCACUACCCCCUAUCGUUGUCGAAAAGCCACCGGAGAAGGUUGUAAACACAGCGGCGGAGGCCGUAAGGGACAGAAUUACCGAUGAAGAUUAACUCUGACCGGGACCCUUCGUGGCUGCUUACAGACAUGGGAAACAGGCACACUAAUACAUUCUGCCCUACAAUUCUGUAUAAACAUGAUUCUAGGCAGUAUUAUGAUAAGUGUGUUCAUGAAUAGAUGACUAUUAUAUGAUUCGACAUUGCAAAUAGGUUGCUGUCUUUUGUGAUACCGGACAAACCUGUGAUAGCG